GGAGGUCUGAACCGUCUGAACUUGUAGUCUUUCAAACACAAAGACACGGCGCACAGAAGAUUUCCUCCUCCAGUCUGCUUUGUCUAAUUUCAUCUGCCUCUGAACUGAGUGAGUUUGAACCAGCUGUUUCACAGGAUGCCUGUCUCGACGCGAUCGAUCAGAGAGCGGUCUGCAGUGGGUCGGUUUCCUACUGUCACGUUUGGAUUUGGGGAGGACACAGAGGAAGAAAAGGAAGCCUCAGAGGAGGACAAUGCUGAGCAGGGAAAUGCAUGCCAGACGUGGCUGCGUAAAAUCUGCCCGUGCUGCUGUCCCCAGCGAAAUGACGUCGACAUUACAGACACUUUGAUUACAGUAACUGAUUACCCGUCGGAAGUGACGGACGACAAGAAGCCUGUUGCCGGUGACAGCGAGCUUGAUGAACUCCUCCUCAAUGUGAAAUCAAUAGACCUGAUGAAAGGAAAAUCAGGGGAGAACCGCACACAGCACCACACCGACCUCUACCAAAGUGACGCCUUUAUUAUUCGCAGAGGACAGAAUUUCCAUAUGUGGAUUACUCUGUCUCGACCCUUUGACCCCAGCACUGACAAACUUCACCUCGAUCUUAAAACAGGGCCGCUGCCAACAGUGUCAAAAGGAACCCAUGUAAUCAUCCCUUUGGUGGAGAAGUUGGAGGGCAAUCGUUGGGAGGCUUCUAUUGUGAGUCAGGACGACAAAAGGAUGAAGCUGUCUGUGAAUUCUCUCCCCACGGCGCUCAUUGGCCGAUAUCAAAUCAUAGUGGAAACGCAUUGUGCAAAUGGCCAGGCAGUUUCUACACAUGACCCUGCAAAUGACAUCAUUAUGCUGUUCAACCCCUGGUGUGAAGAUGACACAGUGUUCAUGGAUGCUGAAGACGAGAGGCAGGAAUAUGUCCUGAAUGAUAUCGGAAAAAUCUACUAUGGCACCAUGGAUCAAAUUGGAGUGCGGACCUGGGACUAUGGACAGUUCCAAGAUGGGAUUCUUGCUGCUUGUAUCUUUGUCCUGGAAAAGAGUGGAACUCCUCCGUCAGGGUGGGGAGACCCGAUUAAUGUGGUGCGAGUGGUCUCAGCCAUGAUCAACUCCCCAGAUGACCUAGGUGUCGUGGAAGGAGACUGGUCCGGAAACUAUUCGGCUGGGACUAGUCCAACAGUUUGGAGUGGAAGUGUGGAAAUCCUGAAUGAAUAUCAUAAAAACAAUGGAAACCCUGUUAAGUAUGGCCAGUGCUGGGUCUUUGCUGGAGUAUUCACCACAGUCUUACGCUGUUUAGGCAUUCCCGGUCGAACUGUGACCAACUUCAGCUCAGCUCAUGACACAGACGUCUCCUUGACAACAGACGUAUACCUGGACGAGAACCUGGAUCCUAUUGAGCUCCUCAAUGCUGACUCUAUCUGGAACUUCCAUGUGUGGAACGAUGCCUGGAUGGCGCGUCCAGACUUGCCUGCAGGCAACGGAGGCUGGCAAGCUGUGGACGCCACGCCUCAGGAGACGAGCCAGGGCACCUUCCGCUGCGGCCCGGCGGCUCUCACUGCAGUACGCAAUGGACAGGUCUUCCUGAAACAUGACGUCCCAUUUGUGUUUGCUGAGGUGAAUAGCGAUAAAAUCUACUGGCAGAAGAACACAGAUGGGACCUUCAGUCAAAUCUAUAGUGAGAAAAAGGUUGUGGGCCACUUCAUCAGCACAAAGGCUGUUGGAACUGAUGAACGCAUGGAUAUCACACACUUUUACAAACACCCCGAAGGCACAGAGAUGGAACGUAUUGCUGUGGAGACAGCAUGUAGCUAUGGCUCCAAAGCGGAGGCCUAUACCUAUACCAAGUCACAGGAUGUCUCUAUAGAAGUCACCAUGGAUGGUGAAGGUCCUAAAAUGGGAGAAGACGCAGAGCUUAAAAUUAUAUUGCGAAACAGCAGCUCAGAGGAACGAAAGCUCACCCUGCACAGCCAGGUGGCAGUCAUGUACUAUACCGGGGUGCACAAGGCAACAGUCAAAAAGGACAUGACAGACUUGGACUUGAUGCCCAAUGAAGAAAAACCUUUGGAGUGGACCAUGGAAUAUAAAGACUACAAGGACCAACUGGUAGACCAGGCCGCCCUGAUGCUGACGCUGACCGGCAGGGUCAAGGAAACACAGCAGGUCAUGGCCACACAGUUCAAUUUCCGGCUCAGGACCCCAGACCUCAUCCUGAAGCCCAUCGGGAAAGCGGUGGUAGGAGAGAAGAUGGCAGUGGAGAUUUCCUUUACAAACCCACUCACACAGGUGUUGAAAGCUGUGAUAUUCCAUGUGGAAGGGCUGGGCCUCCUUACAGCUCGAAAGAUUCAUUACGGAGAUAUUGGCAGUCGUGCCUCCGUGUCACUGACUGAGCACUUCGUACCCACACUCCCCGGGCCGAGGAAAUUACUGGCUUCAUUGGACUGCAAGCAGCUCACACAGGUUCAUGGUGUGACCGGCAUCACUGUGGAGGAAAAAAACAAUGGCGCUUAAUAGCAAUUUGAAAACUAGGAUACUUCGACACUGAAUGUUUUAAAAUAACAGUUUUUCCAUGUCAUUUAUGGAAAGUUUAAAUUAACGGAAGUAUGACACUGAAACUUUAUUUUGCAUCAUAAUUCAAAAUGGCCCAUGACCACAGAGAGACAACCACUUAUAAAAACAUGUACAAAAAUAUACGAAAACCAGUAUAAGCUUACACCAAGCUUAUUAUAUCGUCGUGCAGAGGUCGGACAGUGUGGCAGCUUAAAUGAAAGAAAUGUAUUUAUUUUUUUAAAGGAUCUACGUUAAGAUCAUGCUUUAUAUUUAUACAUUUGAUAUAUAUUUUAUGUGUUUACUUGCCAUCUGUUUAAACUAAGAGUUGUUUAUUUAAUACUGCUUCAAAUGCUUUUGUGUUAUUUAAACAAAACGUAUCACGAAGUCUGGUAACGUUUUAUGAUAUUUCCUAACAAUUUGUUUCUGAUUUCCCGUGCUAAUUUUUGGUUAGAGAAGUAUAUUUAAGAUGUAUGUUGAUAAGGAGUCUGUAUUUGUGAAGUGGAAUCUAGGAAAGCUCAUCUCAGAUUUUCUGUACCCACUUCAAAAUCUGGAAACAAAGUCAGUGACACAGAAUGAUUACAUUUGUUUGACUGCUUUUGGGGAUUACCCUAAAGUUUCAGGGCUAAAGAAAUGCGGGUCAAUUUUAGCAUAAAGGUACAUAGAGCAGCGCUCCAAUAUUAUGGAAACAAGAGGAAAUAAAUUGGAAACAAUUUGAUGCAACUGACAGGUCAAAACAUCUCCACAUCACAUCCAUCUUCUUUUUUAUUUACCCAAUUUCCUUCCAAAUACAGUUCACAGGCUGGUGCAAAUUAUGAUUGCAUGAGAGGCAAUAAGCCAAGGAAACAAUAUUUUUGUCUCAAACUGUUGGUGUUUUCUGACAAGCAAUGUUUGGUGUGCAAUUUGUUUUUCUUACUCUGGAGUAAGAAACAUCCUGUUCUCUUUUUCUUUCUCAAGCACAUAAUAAACAGAGAGGUAUAGUGAGAGCAAAUUCUCUCCACCUAGCAGCCACAGUUUGUUUGUUUGCUGGUUCGUUUUAUGUUUACAAGGGGGCGGUUAACGUACGACAUUUCCAAAACUAUAAUCCUGUCAUAUAAAAUCAUGUGUGUGCCCACUUUUCAAGCCAGCCUCCAGUGCAAGGUAUUUUUAAAUAAAGUAAUACUUUCAUCCUUCUC